AUGUCGGCUCUUACUCGUGUACUCAUCGCGAAUCGUGGUGAGAUUGCAGUGAGAUGCAUUCACGCAUGCAAACAGCUCUCCAUCACGAGCAUUGCUAUCUUCACUUCCGCUGAUGCAGGUUCACUCCACGUCCGUUUGGCCGACUCCAGCAUCUUGCUGGAGGGGGAAGGACCCCGAGCAUAUACCAAUGUGGAUGCGAUUCUUGAAAUAUGUCAAAAGUAUAGUGUCCAAGCUAUCUUUCCGGGCUAUGGUUUCUUAAGUGAGAAUGCCGACUUCGCCCGGCAAGUACAUGAGGCCGGGAUGGUUUUCAUCGGUCCUGAUAGCGAGGCGAUCCAUAAUAUGGGCUUAAAGCACGUAGCCAGAGACCUAGCUGUUGCGGCGGGCGUCCCUGUCAUCCAGGGCUCGAGCUUGCUCGAAAGUGCGGAUCAGGCGUUAGGCCUAGCACGGAAAAUCGGAUUCCCGGUGAUACUCAAGGCUUCUGGCGGCGGCGGAGGUAUGGGACAGCAAGUAUGCCAAUCCGAAGACGAAAUCCCAGCAGCGUUCGCUCACGUGGAGAGUCGCUCUCGAGAGCUUUUUGGAAACACUGGGGUCUUCAUGGAAAGGUAUUAUCCGUCAAGCCAUCACAUCGAAGUUCAGGUUUUCGGUAACGGAUCUGAAGUCAUUCACUUCGGGGAGCGCGAAUGUAGUAUCCAGAGGCGCCGCCAGAAGGUUAUAGAAGAGUGCCCAAGCCCCUAUUUGGUAGAUAAGCCCGACCUACGCGAGCGACUUACGUCUUGCGCUCUGACUCUAUCGAAAUCAAUCAAAUAUCGUUCGGCAGGGACUGUAGAGUUUCUUGUCGACGAUGAGACCGGCGAUUUCUUCUUUCUGGAGAUGAACACUCGCUUACAGGUUGAGCAUGGUGUCACAGAGCUGUGCUACGGCGUCGAUCUCGUCAAUUUGAUGUUACGACAGGCCGAGUACCAACUUGCGGGUAAGGACGGAAUCCCUUCAAGUGAGCUUCUUGGAAUACAGAAGACUCUGGAGGGAUCUGCAAUUGAAGCUCGGGUAUGCUCCGAGAACCCCGCUGAUUCAUUUCUUCCCGGAUUGGGCCAUGUUCAAUCUGUCGCAUGGCCUGAUAAGCAUGCGCGGGUGGAUACAUGGGUACAACUCGGGACUUUCGUGAGCCCCUAUUUCGACUCCCUGGUAGCCAAGGUGAUCAUUCAUCGCCCCACGAGAACGGAAUCAAUCGCUAUGAUGCAGGAGGCCCUCGGCGCAACACAAAUUGGUGGAUUAGUCACGAAUUUGACAUUUCUGGAAUCCAUCAUAUCUUCAGCUGCAUUUGCUAGUGGCAGAACUCUUACCACAUUUCUGGAUUCGCAAUUUACUUUCCAGCCUUCAGGAAUCCAAGUCAUCAACCCUGGCGCCUUUACCACGAUCCAACAGGCCCGACCGCGAACAAGGAAGGGUUAUGGCAUACCAGCAAGUGGUCCGAUGGAUGAUUUAUCGGCUUCAAUCGCAAAUCUGCUUGUCGGGAAUGCAAUUAAUACAGAAUGUCUCGAGAUCACGGCAAACGGGCCUGAGCUACGGUUGCAUAGCGCAUGCAUCGUAGCUAUUGCAGGUUCGCCGUUCGCUGUGAAGUUGAAUGGAGAGCCCAUAGAAAUGUGGUCUAGAAUCGUUGUAAAGCCGAAGGAAAUACUUAAAAUAGGGGCGUCCGCCACACCCGGGGGCCGAUGUUAUCUAGCAAUCAAAGGGGGACUUCCAGGGGUGCCAGAAUGGCUCGGAUCCAAAUCCACUACUCCUAGCCUCGCUCUAGGAGGCCUACAAGGGCGACGGCUUCAACCUGGUGAUUUCUUCGAAGUAGAACAUUUCGAAAGCUCCGAUCUUCCCAACUCGUAUCGACUUCCAGAGCAAUUAAUCCCGCCAACCGAUGUGAAGACGAUAUAUGUGACACAUGGGCCACACGACUCCGAUGAUUUGAUCACGGCCUCCGGACGAGACACUAUUUACUCGACCGAGUGGGAAGUGGAUUAUAACUGUAAUAGAACAGGUAUUCGUCUAAUUGGACCGCAUAUCGAAUGGGCUAGAUCGCAUGGAGAAGAGGGUGGAAGUCAUCCGAGCAAUGUAGUGGAUUACCCCUAUCCUUCACCAGGUGGGGUCAAUUGGACUGGUGACAGUCCGGUCAUAUUUCCUCAAGAUGCACCGGGAUUAGGUGGCUUCGUUUGUUCGUCUACGGUUGUUUCGGCGGACUUAUAUAAGCUGGGCAAACUCAAGCCCGGAGACAAGAUGAGAUUAACUCCAAUCGCUUACAAGUCCGCUCGAGAGUUAGCCGGAAAAAAGGCGAAAUUCCUUCAAAUCAUUGCAGGACAUGUCUCCAAUAACUCUUUAGGGGUUGAUCGCCCGCUGUCUCUUCUGAAUGUGGAAGAGAAGGUAUCUGAUACGGAUGCAAUUUUGCAGGUCAUUCCCAGUAGUAACGGGGGUCCGACACUCACACUUCGUCAAGGCGGCGAUCGCUUUAUUAUUAUCAACGUCGACAUACCCUCUAAAAAGGUCGGUCUUGACACAUCGGUGGCAUCGAAUAACCUUGCUCGGGCCAUUCAGAGCGCCAAUACGCCAGGGACAUAUGUGCACAUCAAUAUCAACUCUGUGAUGGUAGAGUACGAGCCAGAGAAGAUCGCUCAAUCGGACGUGGUGCUUCUGAUCAAGGACGCCCACCAACGAAGCAGCAGCGUGGAUGAGCCCUUGGUAGCUCGCCGUUUCAUUCUUCCUAUUGUAUUCGACCAUCCCUCUAUUAAUGAAGCAGCGCUUCGUUAUACGACUAUGCAACGGGACAAGGCCGUGUACGUUCCCGAUAAUGUCACCUACGUACAGGAGAACAAUGGUCUUGCAUCUCGAGACGACGUCUUCAGUAUCCUUCGCAAAACCCGAUUCCUUGUUAUUACCGUUGGUUUCAUGACGGGCUUACCGCUGCUAUGGCCCCUAGACCCUCUCGCACGGCUUACUUCGCAGAAGUAUAAUCCCACGCGGAUUUCUACGCCCCCUGGAACCGUAGGUCUUGGUGGAGGGCUGUUCUGUGUUUACCCCGCGGAUCAACCUGGAGGUUAUAUGAUGCUCGCCCGGUCAAUUCCGGUUUGGGACAUAUACGCGCUACGGCCAGGUUUCAGGGAGGCCAAACCCUGGCUAUGCGAACCGUUCGACCUAAUCGAGUUUCAGGAGGUGAGCCUCGAUGAAUACACGGAUAUCCUGCGAAGGUUCGAGGCCGGGACGUACGAAAUACAGAUUGAAGAGACCAAGUUCAAUGUCCGAGAUGAACUCGCCAAAGAACACGAGGCCGGUAACCUUCCGAACGUAGUGGAAUUCCGUAAGAAGCAAAUCGAGGCAGAGGAGCAGAUGCGCCUCCGCGAGGAGAAGUUGCUUGCUGAGUGGCAGGCUGAUCGGGAGAAUGCUCUUCCAAAUAUCCCGCUGGGGUCAGGGGACCAACCAGGAAUCAAGGUUGCAUCGCCUCAAGUCGGGAAAGUGUGGAAGGUUCUCGCCAAGCCUGGUGAUAUCAUCGAAAAGGAGAAGCCACUUGUGGUUCUUGAGGCUAUGAAGAUGGAAAUUCCAGUAGCUGCAGAUGAGUCUCAUGAUGGUCUUGUAGUCAAAGAACUUCUGGUUCAGGAGGGGACAUUGGUGUCGCCUGGGACACCGCUUGUACUUCUCGAUAAGGCUGAUUAG